AUGUGAUUUGAGGUGACUCGAUACAUGUAUAAGUAUUGAAGGGGUAGUAAAAAAAAAAAAAAAAACAUUGUUCUCUCUCUCAUGUCUCUGAAGAACUAAAAACGUUCUUGUCCGUUAACAACUCCUUUCUUCCCGCUAAUCCACUCCCCCCUUUCAAACUUCCCCUUUCUCUCUUACCAUUCCUCCUCAUUUCCUUAUCUCUCUCUCCUCCAGAUUCUCUCACUUUUCUCCAUUUUCACAACAUCUUUUUUUUAUUUCUUUUGUUUUUUUUGGUGAUCAACAAAAUAACAACAAUCAAAGUCAAUCGCGUGCGCGCCAAUAAUGGACGACGAAGACAGAGAUGUCUUAUUAACUCACCCCCAAAAUGGUCCCACUAAUCGGAAAGCCCAUUCUCUCAGCUCUCAGCAUCGCCAUGGCACCACCACUAUCUCCACCGCCACCGCAUCUAAUGACGCCGGCUCCAAGCGUGCCAACCAGCUCAGAAACCAUUCCCUUGACGAAGCCAAAAUCACUAACGCCAUCUCCAACCACCACCACCAACAACGCCACCUUGGUGGGCCCUUCUAUAAUGACUCCGACGAAGAUGGUGACUUCUUCCCUUACGCCUCCACGUCAUAUAUUACCUGCGCCGGCGUCAACCCCCGCUACGAUCACUCCUUUUCGCUCCCUUCCCCCACCACUACCACCGGGGCUUCAUCCUUCUCCGAUGAAGACGAUCAACGCCCCGCAAUGCAGGAGUUCACCGCGAGCGGCGGCACCGGGAUUUUCAAGGCACCGACGAGGUCUGCUGUCCACCCGACACGGCCUCCGGCAUUGGAGCUCCGGCCUCACCCCUUGAGAGAGACGCAGGUGGGGAGAUUCUUGCGUACGAUAGGGUGUACGGAGAGUCAGCUGUGGGCGGGGCAGGAGAAUGGGGUCAGGUUCUGGAACUUUGAUGACGCCUACGAGGCCGGUGCUGGGUAUUGUGGGAAAGGGAAAAGAGGGGAUGAGGAUACGUCGCCGUUUUAUGAGUCAGCGGUGACUUCGCCUACAAUGUGUAUGGUGGUUGAUCAUGGGAAUAGACUGGUUUGGACUGGGCAUAAGGAUGGUAAAAUUAGGUCCUGGAAGAUGGAUCAGACUGAGAUUCCUUCUGAUGAUUCGCAGCCGUUUCGUGAAGGUCUUGGUUGGCAAGCUCACAAGGGACCUGUUCUUUCCAUGAUCAUGUCUUGCUAUGGGGACCUGUGGUCUGGCGGAGAAGGGGGCGUGAUCAAAAUUUGGCCAUGGGACUCGAUAGAGAAAUCGCUGUCUCUAUCAGCAGAGGAAAAACACAUGGCCGCCCUCCUAGUUGAGAGGUCGAAUGUGGACUUGAGAAGCCAGGUUACUGUGAAUGGUGUAUGCAACAUUUCUUCUUCAGAUAUUAAGGCUAUGCUGUCUGAUCAUGCCAGAGGAAGGGUGUGGUGUGCCACUUCUCUAUCCUUCUCAUUAUGGGAUGCUCGGAACAAGGAACUUGUUAAAGUGUUUAACAUUGAUGGUCAAAUUGAAAAUCGAGCUGAGAUGCCAGUGCCACAGGAUCAGAUAGUAGAGGAUGAGAUGAAAGUAAAAUUUGUUUCUACAUCCAAGAAAGAUAAGCCACAGGGGUUUCUGCAGCGAUCAAGGAAUGCUUUAAUGGGGGCAGCAGAUGCUGUACGCAGAGUAGCUACAAGAGGUACAGGGGCAUUUAAUGAAGAUACCAAGAAAACUGAGGCCCUAGUAUUAACUUCUGAUGGAACGAUUUGGAGUGGAGGUUCACAUGGUUUAGUUAUACAGUGGGAUUCAAAUGGAAACCGUGUCCAAGAUUUCACUCAUCAUCCCUCAACUGUUCUAUGCUUUUGCACCCAUGGUCCACGGUUAUGGGUUGGAUAUGCUAGUGGUGUAGUGCAGUUAUUAGACCUUGAAGGAAAUCUUUUGGCUGGGUGGGUUUCUCAUAGUAGUCCUGUUAUAAAGAUGGCUAUAGGUGGAGGUUAUGUUUUCAGCAUGGCAAUUCAUGGUGGUAUACGUGGAUGGCACCUCACGUCUCCUGGGCCAAUUGACAAUUUAAUACGCUCUGCAUUGUCUUCAAAAGAGGAUGAAUACACAAGAGGAGAAAGUAUGAAGAUCUUAGUGGGGUCAUGGAAUGUUGGUCAAGGGAGAGCUAAUCCAGAAUCACUCAAAUCAUGGCUAGGUUCUGUAGUAUCUGAUGUUGGAAUUGUUGUGGUAGGGUUGCAAGAAGUGGAAAUGGGAGCAGGCUUCCUUGCCAUGUCUGCAGCAAAAGAAACUGUAGGACUAGAAGGGAGUGCCAUUGGACAACAUUGGCAAGACGCUAUUGGUAGGAUCUUAGAUGAAGGAGUAGCUUUUGAACGUGUAGGCUCACGGCAACUCGCUGGAUUGCUCAUAGCUAUCUGGGUAAGGAAGAAUUUGAGAAUGCAUGCUGGAGACCUUGAUGUUGCAGCAGUUGCUUGUGGUUUUGGCCGAACAAUUGGUAACAAGGGAGGAGUAGGCUUGAGAUUGAGAGUCCAUGAUAGAAUAAUAUGUUUUGUAAACUGUCAUUUAGCUGCGCAUUUGGAAGCAGUGAAUCGUCGAAAUGCUGAUUUUGAUCACAUCUUUAGAUCAAUGGUGUUUUCUCGGCAAUCCCACUUACUGAACGUUGCUGCUGGUAUGAGAUGUCUGCUUUUGUAUUGCGUUGUUGGCUUGUGCAUAUAUUUAUUUUGGAUGCUUUAUUGUUCUGGCUUCCCAUUGCUCCUCUCUCUUGCAGCUGGAGCUUCUUCUGCAACUCAAGUACUUCGUACUGCUAAUGGUGCCGGUAGUAACUCUGAGGAAAGGACUGAUUUAUCUGAAGCAGACAUGGUGGUGUUUCUUGGUGAUUUUAAUUAUAGACUAUUUGGCAUAUCAUACGAUGAAGCAAGAGAUUUUGUUUCACAAAGAAGCUUCGACUGGCUAAGAGAAAAGGAUCAGCUUCGAGCUGAAAUGAAAGCUGGCAAAGUUUUCCAGGGUAUGCGUGAGGCAAUGAUUAAAUUUCCUCCAACUUACAAAUUUGAAAGGCAUGUAGCUGGAUUAGGAGGCUAUGAUUCUGGUGAGAAGAAGCGGAUUCCUGCUUGGUGUGACAGAGUAAUAUAUCGUGAUUGUCGUAAUGGACCAGUUUCAGAGUGCAAUUUGAACUGCCCAAUACUCGCCGCGAUUCAAAUGUAUGAAGCCUGCAUGGAUGUUAUUGAUAGUGAUCACAAACCUGUGCGGUGUAAAUUCAGUGUUCGUCUAGCAAGAGUAGAUAGAACAGUUAGAAGGAAAGAGUUUGGUGAGGUUAUGAAUACUAGUGAAGAAGUUAAGACUUUGCUUAGAGAAUUUUCUGAGAUACCAGAAACAAUAGUUAGCACAGGUAGCAUAACUCUUCAAAACCAGGAAACUUCCGUUCUCCAGAUCAUUAACAAAAGCAAAGACGAAAAGGUAGUGUAUCAUAUUUUAUGCGAAGGUCAAUGCACUAUCAAUGUCAAUGGGGAACCUACUGAUCUUAAUCCCAGAGGUUCCUUCGGCUUUCCUUCUUGGCUAGAGGUGACACCAGCAUGUGGGGCAAUCAACCCUGAACAAAGCAUGGAUGUGACUGUACGGCAUACUGAGUCCCACACAUUGGGAGAUUUUGUUGAAGCUGUUCCUCCAACCUGGUAUAGUGAAGAUACAAGAGACAAGGAAGUGGUUCUGUCAGUUCAAAUUCGAUGCAGCAGCUCAAUGGAGUUUAAAACACACCGCAUACGUGUACGCCAUUGCUACUCAACUAGGCCAUUACGCAUUGAAUCAAGAACAAACAGCGCUAAUAGGAGAGGAAAUAAUAACCGCUCUGAGAGUCAACGCCGUGAUAAUAACCCUGAUAUGGUUGAUCGUGGUUGAUAAUAUACUCAUUUUUUUUAGAAUUAGAUUUUCAUGGAAGCCUUCUCAUGGAAAUGUGUUUGCAACUUUUACAUUAAACCACCUAACAUCUUUCUGUAAAUACAUGGACCUAAUUUUCUGUAUACCUUCACGUGGAAAGAGCUUCAAGUCAAUCCUCUUGUAUCAGUUGUAGGAUUCAUAUUCAUUUUUAUUCUUUAUUCUUUUUUUUUCUUUCUUUUUUGCCUUUGAUAUGAAAACACUGUAAUUUGAAGAUCUAAUUGUUUUCGGUGUAGAGUGGAAGACAAAAAUGUAGGUAGUGCAAAAUUCUGCACUUCACUAACCCUGUUAAUAGUGGUGAUUCCAUUUUGCUUCCUACAGUUAGAACAUUUUGUUGUACUCUGAUGUUGUAUACUUAUUAGAUGUGAUAAAACCAAAUAUCACUGUCAUUUUUGGAUCA